UCCUUACUAAAGACUCCGGGUGGCGGCGCUGAGAUCAGCUGGGUGGCUGGAACCGCCAGCACGUGGCGGGAAGGGGCGGCGCGCGCUAGCUGUCUGCUCCCGGGAGCGGCAGGGGCUGCCCGCCCUCGCGUCUCCCGUCCGGGUGCCCUCCCGACAUGCCCGAGGAGGCGGAUUGCCCCCCGGCCAAGAGAUUCCGGCCGGGCGCUGGGCCUCCGAGCCGCGCCCGGCCCUGCCCUCCCGGGCGGCGAGUAGUGAUGCUGCUGAAUGCGGGCGGCAGCGGAGGAGGCAGGAGGCAGCAGCCGGCCCUGGCCCACCCCUCGACCAGCCCCUACCCUGAGGCCGUGGAGCAGCAGCGCCGGAGUCUGCCCAUCUUCCAGGCGCGGGGGCAGCUGUUGGCCCAGCUCCGAAACCUGGACAGCGCUAUCCUCAUCGGGGAGACCGGCUCUGGGAAGACGACACAUCCCCAGUACCUGUAUGAAGGGGGGAUCGGGCGCCAGGCUGUCAUUGCUGUGACCCAGCCUCGGCGAGUGGCUGCCAUCUCUCUGGCUACCAGAGUCUCAGACGAGAAGAGAACUGAACUCGGGAAGCUGGUUGGCUAUACGGUGCGCUUCGAUGACGUCACCUCGGACAACACCAAGAUCAAGUUCCUGACGGACGGCAUGCUUCUGCGCGAGGCCAUCUCCGACUCCCUGCUUCGGAAGUACAGCUGCGUCAUCUUGGACGAAGCCCACGAACGGACUAUCCACACGGAUGUGCUCUUCGGGGUGGUGAAAGCCGCGCAGCGGCGGCGGAAGGAGCUGGGGAAGCUGCCCCUCAAAGUGAUUGUGAUGUCGGCCACCAUGGACGUGGACCUGUUCUCUCAGUAUUUCAAUGGAGCCCCCGUCCUCUACCUGGAGGGCCGGCAGCACCCGAUCCAGAUUUUCUACACCAAGCAGCCUCAGCAGGAUUACCUGCACGCCGCCCUGGUCUCGGUCUUCCAGAUCCACCAGGAGGCCCCGUGCUCCCAGGACAUCCUGGUGUUCCUCACCGGGCAGGAGGAGAUCGAAGCCAUGAGCAGGACCUGCCGGGACAUCGCCAAGCACCUCCCUGACGGCUGCCCCUCCAUGCUGGUCCUUCCCCUCUACGCCUCCCUGCCCUAUGCCCAGCAGCUGCGCGUCUUCCAGGGGGCUCCGAAGGGCUGCCGCAAAGUGAUCAUUGCAACCAACAUCGCUGAAACCUCCAUAACCAUUACAGGAAUAAAAUAUGUAGUUGACACGGGCAUGGUUAAAGCAAAGAAGUAUAACCCUGACAGUGGCCUGGAGGUGUUAGCGGUGCAGCGGGUGUCAAAGACUCAGGCCUGGCAACGCACAGGACGGGCUGGCAGAGAGGACAGUGGUGUCUGCUACCGACUCUACACGGAGGAUGAGUUUGAGAAGUUUGACAAGAUGACUGUGCCAGAGAUCCAAAGGUGUAACCUGGCGAGCGUGAUGCUGCAGCUCCUCGCGAUGAGGGUCCCGGACGUGCUGACCUUUGACUUCAUGUCCAAACCGUCUCCAGAGCACAUCCAGGCAGCCAUCGCCCAGCUGGAGCUCCUGGGCGCUCUUGAUCGCAAGGAUGACCAGCUCACCCUGACUCCGAUGGGAAGAAAGAUGGCAGCGUUUCCGUUAGAACCCAGAUUUGCAAAAGCCAUCCUCCUGUCCCCCACAUUCCACUGCACGGAGGAGAUGCUGACCAUCGUCUCCCUGCUGUCCGUGGACAGUGUCCUCUACAGCCCUCCCUCCCGGCGGGACGAGGUGCAGAGCGCGCGGAAGAAGUUCAUGGCCAGUGAGGGUGACCACGUCACCCUGCUCAACAUCUACCGGGCCUUCAGGAACACAGGCGGGAACAAGGAUUGGUGCAAAGAGAAUUUUGUCAACAGUAAGAACAUGAUGCUAGUAGCUGAAGUCAGAGCACAGCUGAGGGAUAUCUGCUUAAAGAUGUCCAUGCCGAUCCUGUCGUCGCGAGGGGACACGGAGCGCAUCCGCCGCUGCCUGGCACACAGCCUCUUCAUGAACAGCGCCGAGCUGCAGCCCGACGGGUCCUACGCCACCACGGACACCCACCAGCCGGUGGCCAUCCACCCGUCGUCAGCCCUCUUCCACUGCAAGCCGGCCUGCGUCGUGUACACGGAGCUGCUCUUCACCAACAAGUGCUACAUGCGCGACCUGUGUGUCGUGGACGCCGAGUGGCUGUACGAGGCUGCCCCCGACUUCUUCAGAAGGAAAAUGAAGGCCGCCAGGAACUGAGCCGCCCACACCCGCGCCGCCAGAGGCCGCAGGUGGCCCAGAGCGGAUCCUGCUGCCUUCUAGGAGCUUGAAAGCCUUUUGGUUUAAACCCCUCAGGCUGAACCACCCAGACCUGUCCAUACCUUGGAAACUUCACAGUGAUGCUUUGGGUUCUUGCUGGGCAACUUUGGGUGACUUUGUCAAUUUCCGAGCAUCAGUGACCCCACCUGCCAGAUGAGGGUGAUAAUAAUACUUAGGGGGUUGGGGUCCGGAGGCUUAGAGCAAAUGAGAGGAAGGUACCCAGAGUUGUGUCUGCCCAUGAUGAACACGCGGCAGGUCCAGAGCCCUGGUGCUUGGCUGGUGUUACUGCUGUUCUGUGCACAGUCAGUCGGGUACAACAUGACCCCCUGAGUUCCUGGGACUGAGGGAACUGUCUGGAAGGGGGACUGCAAGAGCUGCUGACCUCGGGUCUAUUUCAGUGUCUAUUUGCAUGAUAACUCGAGAAAUUGGCUUCUGUAGACCUUCCAGAGGGAGGUGCUGUUGAGCCCCACACCCGACCUCACUCCCCACAGUGCCAUCCUUACACUGUAAAGGCGCAUAUCCCCACCUGUGCUUUCAGGAGACCUGGAGGUUGUGGGGUGAAGGUUGAUUUGUAGCUUCUGAAUCAUGUCAAGUGUGGCUUGUAGCCUGAUGGCCUCCAGCACAGCCAUCUCUCUUACAGGGUGUGUAAACACCCACGUCUAAGGAGUGACUCUGAGCUGAGCAUAAGGCUCUUGUCCUCAGGCCCAGCCCCUGGGGUCGGGGCGGAGGCAGAAGGGCAGCCUUAGCUCAUCCCAUCACCAGCUGGUGUUUAUGUUCUUUUAUUUAUUUCCUCGGCUCUUUGUUCCUUUGAGGACAGCCUGGCUUUGCUGCUCGCUCGUCCCUAGUCCUGUUUCCACAUUUGUAAGGGGAUUAUUGGGCCUCCAUAUUCUGAAAAGGGAAAAGACAUUAGAAGUCCUUCUUAGCUAUUUAAUUAUCAAAAGCAAAUAACCUUUUAGCAGAGAAUGCUUUGCCUUAGAAGAUGGCAAGAUUGAGCCCUUUUAUUGCACUGAGUUGGUCUAAACGCACAUGCGCAGUAUUUUGGUCAUUACAAAGGGAAUCAUGCAGCUUCCGAGCCAGGGCCCAAGCGGCCUGAGAGACCCUUCAGAGACAGUGGAUGGUGUCUUCAUGCUGGUCCAGUGAGACCACGGUGGGCAGAAGCACCCCUUUCUGGGUCUGAUCUUCCCGUGCUGGUGCUAUUGUGUGAGUCUGCCUCAGCACCAGCCAUGUCUGGGCACGUGACUUCUUUCUGUUAAAAAUAGUAGCUGCAUGAAGCCAAAUAGGAUUUGAUAGACCCUACAUACCCUGUCUUAUUGAAUUCUUAGAAUUCUCUUGUAGUUACUAUUGCUGACUUUCUGAAAAGUUCUUUAGAAAAUUUUCAAGUGUAUUUUUCUCAUUUAUUUCAUAGAGGCCUAGGAUGUUUAGCCUGACUUGGUAAAAGAAAAUAUUAUAUUUUUGAUAAAACAUUCAUCAUGCUGAUAAAAAAUAUUGGAGGUGGAGGGAUUUAUUAUGUUCCUCAGCAAACUAUGUAGAGGUGUUCUCUGGGGCAAGUAAAACUUAGCUCAAAAUAAUUUAUGUCCAGCUUAAGUACCUGAACUGUUUCUGGAAAUGUGUAUGUGUAUAUAUGUAUUUUUUUAUUUGAGCAGGAGUAAAUUCCUAUGAGCUUCUGAGCUUCUACGUUUCUGUACAGAACAAUGUUUAUCACUGCAGCAUUCUGGUAGAGUUUUUACCGUAGUUUAUAUUGGGCUUUUUAAAAUGUUGACUUUUAGCACAGCUGCUCAGGGAAUAAAUCAGAUUGGAAAAGCCAGUCCAACUCUCCAUAUUACUACAAAGACAUACACGUUUGUGUAUAUGGAGCUGCAGGGGACAUAUAAAUACCUUUUAAACUUUCUUACGAAAGUGCAAUGUUUCCCAAUGAUGUCGCACAUCUAAUCUUGAACUAUGCUUUUCAAUCAAUAAGCUCUCCAAUGGUGUGCUUUCUACCUUUUUUCAAACCUGUGAAAUCCACAUCUGGGUGAAUCCCUAGCUCCCUGGAGCAGCGUCAUGUCAGUAGAUGCACAGCAAGCAGGUGUUUGUCCUCCUGCGUCUAGUAAUCAUGGCGCUUGGAGCCUUCAAGGCAGCACAGAUUUCAUUACAAGGGGAAAAAGCGCCAACACCCAGUUCUUGGUAAAAAUCCUAACUUAAUGUUGCCUCUCUGUUGUAAAGAGAUGCCAGAAUGAGGACAAGUUUUUCCUUUGUGGAUCCAACUGAUUAUGUACUGUGAUGUCUGAAUCCAUUGAAUCCAGCUCUCCAGAAAUGAGUAGAACUAUGACCAGGCAUCUGAGGUACCACCCCUUGAACAUAUAAGGAAACAGUGCAUCUAUGGGGAAGCAAGAAUUGUAUUUGAUCAGAAUAUUACAACUUAUAGAAAAAAGCCCCCAAAAAUCUAGUUCGGGUUUGUGCUGUAUUUUGAGAGUCUGUUCUUGAUCAGACAUAACUAUAGAAACAUCAGCUCUUGCAUAUAAUGCUCAAAUUUGCACACAGCUAUUAAAUCCAUUAAAAGUGAACCUUAAAAAAAAAA